AUGAUCAGGAAGCGGAUAGUCGUCAGUGGCAUCAGAGAGAUCAGCCUAUCAGCCGAGAAUAUUGAGACCAUCAUGAAGUUCAUCAGUGACCCCUCUGUCCAUCUUCUUGUGGCUUAUGAUCACCGCUUCCAAGGCUUGACCCUGAGCCUGACAAUUCCAGCGAUGCCGGUGAAAAGCAUCUGCUACUUCAUCAAAUCGGCAGAUUGUACAGAAAUUACUAGUGACAGUUUUCUCAGUGAUGUUCAGUACGGUAUUAUUAAGGGCGGCCAUAUUGAGAGUCUGCUACGAAUGAUGAUGGGGGUUUAUGCCCCGAUCUUCUUUGAGAAUCGGUCAUGGCCAGACAGCAUUAAGAAUGACUUCUCUGCCCAGUUGCACCGUUUCUUGGCCAGCUUAACAGAUACUCGCUACAAACUGGAGGGUAAAACAGUGUUGUACAUCCCUACAGAGGGGACCAAUGUUCCGGCUGAAGAGGCUGCGAAGAACAAGGAAUUAGUGCAGCGUUUGGAGACAUCCAUAAUCCACUGGGCUAGGCAGAUCAAGGAAGUGCUUAGUUCCCAGGAUGCAUUUGAAAUGGCGGAGAACUCAGGCCCUCUGGAAGAAAUUGACUUCUGGAAGAACCGAUGUGCUGAUUUGUCAGGCAUUACCACACAGCUGGACAAGCCAGGAGUCAAACGCAUCACGCAGAUUCUGGAGUUGGCAAAGUCUUCCUAUGUCGCACCUUUUCUCCGGCUUGCAGGACAGAUUAAGGAAGGGUCAAGGCAAGCAGAAAGCAACCUAAAAUUUUUAUCUGUGCUGAAGGAUCCAUGUCAUGAACUUGCAGACGCCAAGCCAAAAGACAUUCCUAAAUUAUUGCCAAAGAUUCUUAAUCUUAUUCGCAUGAUCUGGGUCAACUCUGAUUUCUUCAACUCCAGAGAGAAAUUGACAGGAAUUCUGAGGAAGAUGAGCAAUGAAAUCAUUCGUCGGUGCUGUGCAGAAAUUGACCUAGAUAAGAUAUUUGAAGGCUAUGUCGUCUCUGGGAAGCAGACGUUGCACGAAUGCAUUGAAUGCUGUGAGCAUUGGAAGGCAAUCUAUGACAGGAUUUCCAAGCUCCACCACAAGUACUCCAAUCAUGGCUGGCUUCUGGACAAAAGCAGCAUUUUUGCUCAGGUUGAUGCCUUUAUUCAGCGCUGCAAGGACAUGCUUGAGGUAUGCGAAGCACAGUUUCAUUUUGCUCGGCAAAUGGAUGGCAACAAACUGGAAAUGCCACAGUUUGCUGGCCAAAAGGGCAACGAGAUCAUACAGAGCCUUAUGGAGAUUGAGUCCCAGUUUGAGAAGUACCUUUUCUUCCUUCAGUCGCAGAAGAAGAACAUUCUGGAUGUGAAAGCUGCAUCAUGGCAUGAUAGCUAUAAUAGGUUCCGAGCAGGCAUGAAGGAUCUCGAAGUGAUGAUGCAGAACACGAUAUGUGCAGCAUUUGACUCGGUCAGGACUGUGGUCGGAGCCGUAGAGGUCCUAGAUGUUUUCAUGCAUCUGUCAUCCAGAGAGGCAAUCCGUCGUACUAUUGAUAAGAAGACUGUAGAAACAUUUAACUUGUUCAAUGAAGAGCUGAACGCAGUCAAGAAGGAGCUGUCAAGCAAGAAGUAUGCCCUGACUCCCUCCCACACUAAGUUUUCUGGAUCGGCACACUGGGCCAGGCUACUCAAGAACAGGGUCACCAGAAGCAUGAAUGCUUUGGAUCAAGCUCAUUUCCUGCCACAAAUAGGAACUGGUGAAGAGGUGAGGCUGCAGUACAAGUCACUGAUUGCUGCCCUUGAUGAGUACAUCCGAAAGACCUAUUAUGAGUGGACUCACAAGGCUGAAAAGGAAAAUAAUAUAAGUGAGGGAAAAAGUAGUGAACCAAACAAACUGCUGGAAAUACCUCUUAUGUGUCGCAGUCAUGAGCGGCCACCGAUGUUAGACUUGAACUUUAAUAGACAGUUGGUGAAGAUGUUUCAGGAAUUGUAUUACUGGGAAAGGCUACUUUUUGAGGUGCCUCACUUUGCAGUUGAGAUCUAUGCCAAGAAAGAUGAUCUAAGAAUCCUCAGAGAAAAUAUGCUGUUGGUUGUGAGAGAAUACAACAGAAUCAUCGCAGCAUUGUCCAUUGAAGAACGAGGCCUGUUCAAAGAGAGAAUCAAAUUUUUGGAUAAACGCCUCCAUCCUGGAUUGACAAAACUGUUUUGGACAGCCAAAGGCACUAUUGAAUUUUUCAUUACUGAGUGCCGAAACCACUGCAACACUGUCCAGGAAAUUGUGGACUCCUACAAGAUCGCUAAUGAUAACAUCUCCGUCAUCUGUGUUAAAAUCAGUGAACUGCUGCUGGUCAAGAUAGAUCACAAAGUGGUGUACGAGAAUCUUCAAUUUGAUGAGGAUCAGGCCAAACACAGAGAGCACACUUCAAAGAAGCUGAAAGAAAUGCAUGAGUCCAUUGUGGCAACUCUUAACCUGUCAUUUGAAGUGUAUAAAAAUGAUGGACCAGAUGUUCAACAGCACUGGUACCGAUACACAGAAAAGAUGGACAAAAUGUUGGAAGAAGCUUUCCGGCUCAAUGUGAAGUGGUCACUGCAGGAGUUGUCAAAAUCUAUCAAUGGAGAUGGGAAAUCAGCGCCAAACCCGCUCUUCAAAGUCAAGGUCAUUCUAGAAGGAGAAAGGGUUGAAUUUUCACCCACACUACAACAACUGGCAACAAUAGUUGGGGACAUCGGCAAAUACCAUUUAAUCAAAGCCAUUGCUGACAUCAAACGUUUGCCAGAUUUACUAACAAGUAAAAAGUCAACCAAAGAUUUAUCAAUCAGUGAAACAGUUGCGUGUGAUGACGAAAUCAAGAAGAUUCAAAUGGUUAUCAGUUCUGGGAUGCAGAGCAAUGCUCUGAAUCUACAGAGCUACCUGAGCACUUGGGAUGCAUACAGAGAAAUCUGGGAGAUUCAAAAGGAUGCUUUUAUUAGAAGGUACCAAAAGCUGAAUCCACAGAACUCAUCCUUUGAUGCAGAUAUUGCCAGAUACAACGAAGUGGCCAACAAUGUCCAAACGCAGGAGACCAUCCUCAAUAUACAGUUUGUUUUGCUGGAUUGUUCUCCCCUGAAAUAUGCUAUUUUGAGUCAUUGUCAGGAGUGGCAGAACAAGUUCACCACGUUGCUGAGUGAGAUCGCUGUAGCAACAUUGAAAAACCUGACAGAAUACCUAAAAAGCAAUGCCAUUAAGGUGGCCAUCCCUCCACAGACCCUGGAUGAGCUGAGUGACAGCCUCGCACUAUGGGAUAAACUAAAUGCUGAUUUGCCAGCUACUGAAGAAAAGUUUCCACCUCUUUACGAACAGUUUGUGAUUCUGGAGAAGUAUGAAGUACCUAUUUCAAAAGAAGUAACAACAAUGUUGAAUGAGCUGCCUCAGGAAUGGGAGAAUUUUCAGGCUGCCCUAGUGGAUGCAGAAAAUAUGCUGAAGAAAAACAAGGAGCGCUUCAAAGCAGGACUUCUGCAGCAAGCUGAGGACUUCAAGAAACAAGCUGGAGAACUUUUCAAGGACUUUGAGACCAACGGACCAUUCACGUCACACAUCGAUACAGACACAGCUCUUGCAACAAUCCAGGCUGUUCGUUUGCAGAUGGAGACUUUGAAGGAACAGGAAAUGACCAUCCGUCGUGGCCUCAGCAUCUUUAAAAUAGAUCAGCCACUGAAUAGAGAUCUGACUCUACUGGAAAAGGAUCUGGAAAACCUAAAGAGUGUUUGGGAGCUGACGAAAGAGUGGGAAAACUACUGGGAUUCCUGGAAAUCUGGCAACUUUGCAGAGCUGGAGACGUCAGAGAUGGAAAAUGUUUCCAUUUCCUUGUUCAAACAGCUGGCUAAAUUUAGUCGUUCACUCAAGGAUAAGAACUGGGAGAUAGUUGAAGCAAGUAAGACCAAAGUGGACCAGUUCAAGAGAACCAUGCCCCUCAUUUCUGAUCUGAAAAACAAGGCACUGAGACCUAGGCAUUGGCAGCAGAUUCAGAAUGAAAUGAACAGAUCAUUUGACCAUACAGCAAGUGACUUCACCCUGGAGAAGAUCAUUGGCUUUGGCUUUGAUCAGUACGCAGAAUUCAUCAAUGAAGUCUCAGGGGCUGCAACCAAGGAGUUGGCAAUUGAACAGGGGCUGGAGGCCAUUGCUGCAACAUGGGUCACAGCUGAACUGGACAUUACUCCAUAUAAGGACAAGGGACAUUUCAAACUAAAGUCAACAGAGGAAAUCUUUCAAGCCCUGGAGGAUAACCAGGUGCAGCUAGGAACAAUGAAGGCCUCCCGGUUUGUCAAAGCUUUUGAGAAGGAAGUGGACUAUUGGGAGCGGUCAUUGUCUCACAUCAUGGAGACUAUUGAGACACUAUUAGUUGUACAGAGACAGUGGAUGUACCUAGAGAACAUUUUCCUUGGUGAGGACAUCAGGAAACAGCUGCCGAGAGAAUCGGCUGAAUUUGAUAGCAUCAACAAAUCUUGGAAGGAAAUCAUGAGCAGGCUCAAUGGAGACAAAAAUGCCCUCAGAGGAACUCAUUAUGCUGGUCUCCUGAACCAGUUGUUGGCCAUGAAUGAAAAGCUGGAAGAGAUCCAGAAAUCCCUGGACAUGUAUCUGGAGACCAAACGGCAGAUAUUUCCACGAUUUUACUUCCUCUCUAACGACGACCUUCUGGAAAUUCUGGGUCAGUCCAAGAAUCCAGAGGCUAUCCAACCACAUUUGAAGAAAUGCUUUGACAAUAUUAAGUCUUUGAAAAUGGCUAAGGCGGGAGUCCAGAUGAAAUGGGAAGCAGCUGGGAUGUUCUCUUGUGAAGGAGAGUAUGUUGAGUUUGGGCAUGCAGUUAUCCUUGAAGGACCAGUCGAGGCCUGGCUGUGUGAUGUUGAGAAGACAAUGAGAUGGACACUAAAAGAGAUUCUCCGCAACUGUAGAGCCGCUUUGAAGAAAAACCUCAGCAAAAGAGAUAAGUGGAUUAAAGAAUGGCCUGGCCAG